CCCCAUAUUCACUUCACCUAGCUCCCACGACAGUAAGACCUUCGUCCUUGCUUCUUCUCGGUGAACAUGGCAGCGACCACCACAGAGCAGUCGUCCUCAUCGUCAUCGGCCGAGCUGCCACCGCUUCCCUCGUCAUCACGAACGGCCGAGGUACAAUGUCCCGUGCCUCACGCCUCAUCGCAGCCACUUCCGCCCGGUCACCCCCCGGUCCCUUCCCACCCAGAGUCCAGUCUGCGGCCACCGACAGGUGAUCGCUGCAUCUUCUUCCGUACAGAAGAGGAAAGUAGGCCCUCGACGCCCGAAUCUUCAUCACGUCAAUCGAGUGUGGGCAAGGCUGCCGAGCUCAGGGCUGCGAAUGUCAACCCACUGAAGGAGGGUGAGGGCAAGAUUCUUGAUCCCGAAAGGACACUAGUGCUAGCUAGUAGAAAUAGUCAGCUCGCACUGGUCCAAAGCUCCCUGGUCAGCAGGAUGCUUGAUGCUCACUUCGGUGUCGAUUCGCCUGCUUUUACCCAAGCGGAGGUACAGUCGAUAUCGGCAGACCCGGGCAUCUCAGAUCCUUCCUCUUCUGCAUCGUCGCUCUUACCCACUGCCCCUGGGACCUUGUCACCAUCGACUCGCAGCGCUUUGAAAUCGAGGGCUUCGUCACUGGGAAUCACCUCGCCCAUGUCCUUUCCCAUCACUUCAAUGUCUACUGCAGGCGACCACAAUUUGCGAUCGCCCCUGUACGUCAUCGGAGGAGAAGGCCGCGCCAUCUGGACGAAAGAGCUCGAAGUUGCUCUAGCAGCAGGUGCUGUUGACGCUAUUGUCCACUCGCUCAAAGAUCUGCCUACUACUCUGCCGGAGGGAUUUAUGCUAGGAGCUGUCAUAGAGCGAGAAGAUCCCCGGGAUGCCCUGGUCAUGAAGAAUGGGUUGCCAUAUAUGACCCUGGAUGAGCUGCCCGCUGGGAGUGUCAUUGGUACGAGUAGCAUCAGAAGGGUGGCGCAGUUGAGAAGAAAGUAUCCCGGUCUGGUUUUCAGUGACGUGAGGGGUAAUCUCAAUACACGUCUCUCCAAACUCGACUCGCCCACGGGACCCUAUACAGCUCUCGUGCUAGCAGCAGCCGGUUUGAUCCGCAUCAAUCUCGCUCAUCGUAUAACCGCCUUCCUUUCUUCACCUGUCCUCCUCUACUCGGUGGGCCAAGGCUCCCUGGGCGUUGAAGUCCGUACUCCCCCACCUGGAGCAACACCCGAGACCAACCGAGACGCCCGCAUACUAGAAGUCGUCCGGUCCAUCGGCGACUGGAGGUCGACUGCUCGAGCUGAGGCGGAGCGAGGACUUCUUAGGGAGCUCGAGGGAGGAUGCUCGAUCCCAGUCGGAGUGGAGAGCAGUUUCGAAGACCAUGAAGAGAUCGAAGGGAAGCGGAUCGAGAGUGUGGUUCCUCUUGCAGCAGGUGCAGACCUUGGCGACAGCGGGAAGGAAGGCCACAGCAUCACAAAGGCUGCAGUUGAAUCUACUGGGAGCGCCGUCAGCAAUGGACCCUCGGGCGGCGAUCUGUCAGGCGAAGGCCUUGGAUUCAAGGCUACUGCGCUGCGCAAUCCGUCUAUCUCGAAGGAAGUCGCCUCUUCGGCCGCGGCAGCGGACGCAUCCGCCCCAAGUGGAGCCGGAGCUCGUCCAAGCAUGGAACGCUAUGCGACAGGUGCGAGUGAGAAGCCUCGCCAUGCAUCCACAAGCACAAACGGGACCGGCACAGGCAAUCUUGAACAAUUGGCGACUGGAUAUAACACGCCCAGUCUAACCGACUCCUACUUCCCCGCUCUAGAUCCAGAUUCGAUCCUCGCCCUUCUCAAGCCUCCUUCUUCUUACCACAAAUCCACCUCUGCGCCUCCUGCUAAGCCACUGGAGCUGAGCCUUACGGCCAUUGUCGUCUCCCUCGACGGGGCCCGCUCCUCUUCAUCUUCUCUCACCAGACCAAUUCAGACUCUCGAGCAGGCGCGCGAGCUGGGCGUCACAGUCGCACGGGAGCUCCGCGAUGAGCGUGGAGCGAGGGAGAUCCUGCGGGAGGUGGAGGUACAUCGACAGCGUGCGGAAGCGGCUGACGAAGAACGCAGACGAGCGCGCAAGAGAAAGGUAGAAGAGGAGAAUGCAAGGGCAAAGGCUGCUUAUGAGGCUUCUCACCAGAAGGGACAGGAUGAACACGAGGGCGCUGUGUUCGCUGCUGAUCCCCAAGACGCGGCAGCCGGGGUGGGCGCGGAUGGAACAGCCCAGCAGACUUCUAGGCGCAAGCUUGAGGAAGUGCUAGGGGCUGUCACUCGUCAGCGGGAUGAGCAGCAGGCCAAAGAUGCAAAGGGCCUGUACCCGCAGGAGGGUGGGGAGAUGGACAGACGCGGUGUACCUCGAGAAGAUGGACAGGAGAAGGUGUGGGAGGUUUGAGGAUGCAUAGACUUGUACCUUAUCACGUGUGGAUAUAGCCAGAGCUGUCAUCAUCGGGUCGAAGGAACCCUGACAGCGCACUAUUUCUCACUCCUCAGAUAAUUUGAUGAAGUGCACAGAU